AUGUCUGGACGUGGAAAAGGUGGUAAAGGUCUUGGAAAAGGUGGCGCUAAACGUCAUCGCAAAGUCCUUCGCGAUAACAUUCAAGGUAUAACGAAGCCAGCUAUUCGUCGUUUGGCGCGCCGUGGUGGCGUGAAACGGAUUUCAGGUCUCAUUUAUGAAGAGACGCGUAGCGUAUUGAAGGUUUUUCUGGAAAACGUUAUACGUGAUGCUGUGACAUAUUGUGAACAUGCCAAGCGAAAAACGGUUACAGCAAUGGAUGUUGUUUAUGCCUUGAAACGUCAAGGACGUACUCUUUAUGGUUUUGGCGGUUAA